AGUUUGAAGAGUUCAACCGGAAGAGGUUGCGUCUUCAAUUUGUGACGUGGAAGCUGGACAAGAAAGCGUUAAAUGAAAGUUAAACGUCACAUUUAAUGAGUUUUAGCCUGGAAAAAUGCCUGCUGCAGCCGCUUUGCCGGUCCUGCCGUUGCUUAUCAACGUCUCGAUGUCACUUCUGGGCUUCGUGGCCACGCUUAAAGUGAUCCCUGCCUUCAAACACCAUUUCAUCUCUGCUGGGCUGUUCGGAUUUGAUCUGAACAAAGUGACCAAAGAACAAGUUCCAGAGUCUCAGGGAGUGAUUAGUGGUACAGUCUUCCUCAUCGUCCUCUUCUGCUUUAUCCCAGUGCCUUUUCUGAGCUGUUUUAUGGGAGAUCAGUGCAUGGGAUUUCCACAUGAUGAGUUUGUGCAGCUGAUUGGUGCUCUUCUGGCAAUUUGCUGUAUGAUCUUCCUGGGUUUCGCAGAUGAUGUGCUGAACCUGCGAUGGAGACACAAGCUGCUGCUUCCUACAAUUGCUUCUCUCCCGCUGCUUAUGGUUUAUUUUACAAACUUUGGCAAUACAAUCAUUGUAGUACCAAAGCCCUUCAGAGCGAUUCUCGGCCUGCAUUUGGAUCUUGGUAUUCUCUACUAUGUCUACAUGGGAAUGCUGGCAGUGUUCUGCACUAAUGCCAUCAACAUUUUGGCAGGCAUUAAUGGCAUCGAGUCAGGUCAAGCUCUGUUUAUCUCCGGCUCCAUCAUCAUCUUCAACGUACUAGAGCUAAAUGGAGAAUACCACGAUGACCAUGUCUUUUCACUUUACUUCAUGAUACCAUUCUUUUUCACCACUUUAGCACUUUUGUACCACAACUGGUACCCUUCUUCUGUCUUCGUAGGAGACACUUUCUGCUACUUUGCUGGGAUGACUUUUGCUGUAGUUGGCAUACUGGGACACUUCAGCAAAACGAUGCUGCUGUUUUUCCUUCCACAAGUGGUGAACUUUGUUUACUCUCUACCCCAGCUUCUCCACAUCAUCCCCUGUCCCAGGCACCGGCUCCCCAGACUAAAUGCAGACACAGGAAAACUUGGUAUGAGCUACGCUAAGUUUAAGAGGAAGGAUGUCUCUAAAUUAGGACACAUGAUUCUAAAGGUGGCAGAGUUACUGAAGGUACUUCAGAUACACCAAAGCCAGAAGGAAGAUGAUGACGUUAUCGAGUGCAACAACAUGACUCUAAUAAAUCUAGUUCUGAAAAUAAUUGGUCCUGUCCAUGAAAGAACUCUUACAGUGAUAAUGCUUAUGAUACAGGUCAUGGGCAGUGCAAUAGCUUUUGGCAUUCGUUAUCAUUUGGUACGUCUCUUCUACGACGUAUAGACGGCUGUCUAGGAACAAGAAGUACAUUUUGUCAAAUAAGAAAAAAAAAAUAAUUUAUGUAAUUAUUUUGUAAUGGCUUGUAGUACAUGUUUUGUAAGAUGUAAGUCUCUACUGUUCAUCACAGUGUAACAAUUAUUGUUUGUUUUAACUUUGUGUUAACAUUGAUUUGAACCAUAAACUGUGUACAGAA